GAUGGAGAGGGUUACUUACACCCAAUCAGGGAUUCAGUGAAUGAUGCUGCCGCCAUAGGUGGAGGUUGCACAGAAUCAUGUUAGGAUUAAUUCUGUGACUGAACCGACGGGUCCACGCUCGCACCUGGUCUCUGCGUGACGCACAAGUUACCGGAGUCACGUUGGAGCGGAGCCAGCGGCGUCGGAGGGAUCACUUAAGAUGCUGUGAAAGACGAUGCUCGCGUCUCGCAGUUCAUAUUGUGCUUUGAAUUUGGAAGGGAAAUAGGGUAAAGGUGCGCGAUCGCCUGCGUGGGAUGUGAAAGGGUCAGAUUUUGUCAGGGUGCGUGAAUCUUUGAAAUCUUCAGAAAUAUAUGCGGAGUUUGUCCUGUUUUUGCUGAGUAGGGAGGAUAUCACCGAUAGAAUCCCAAUACUUGGAUGCAUUUUUGGAGACUGGUCGUGAUCUGAUCCAAGUGGCGCAUCCACCGCUCUGAUUGCGCGUAAUGGGAGAAAAGUUUCGGACGCGCUCGCAGCAUCCCGCCGCUUGAGAAUAACAUGUGAAUCCCACUUCUUCUGAACGCACCAGACGACGUUUCCAAGUGAAUUUCAAACCAUCCACUAUGACUUGAAACACCUUGGGGUGAUCGGGACUUUAAUCAAAUCAGUUAACGACCCCUGCAUCGUCAAGACGCGGAGACUGACAUUGAUGAUCUAGACAGAGGAUUUCUGCAGCAGCGCAGUGAAAGAAACCCGACCCACUUAAUAAGAGAGAGGUUCUGUUCGAUGGCUGCGAUGCUGUGCCAGCUUGGCCAUAGGGGUGUGAUGGAGCUGGUGCUGCUGACCGUCCUGUCCUGGGUGUCGGUGUGGGCGGAGGAGAAGAUCAUAUUUGACAGACACGCUGUUUACUGGAACAGCUCCAAUCCCAAGUUCUGGCAUGGGGAGUACAGAGUGGCAGUGAACAUCAAUGACUAUCUAGACAUCUACUGUCCUUACUACGAGGGUCCUCCAUCCCACGGGCGAAUGGAGCGCUACAUCCUUUUUAUGGUCAACCACGAAGGCUACACUUCCUGCCAGCACAGGAUGCGCGGCUUCAAGCGCUGGGAGUGCAACCGCCCGAGUGGUCCUGAUGGGCCCCUGCGCUUCUCAGAGAAGUUCCAGCUCUUCACGCCCUUCUCGCUGGGUUUUGAGUUCAGGCCCGGACACGAGUACUACUACAUCUCGUCUCCUCACCCAAACCAUGUGGGCCGGGCAUGUCUAAAGCUGAAGGUGUAUGUCAGACCUCCAGAUGGGUCGGGAUAUGAUUCUCCGGAGCCGUUCCUGACUGACGGAGGUCCACGCUCCAACGCAGGCUGGGCAGUCCUGUUAGCAGCUCUGGCCCCACUUGUCCUGGGACCUGUCAUCAGGCUGUGACUUCCCCCUCUCCCCUUCUUCCUGGAACGCCCAUCCUGGGAUGAUGGGCUGGGCUGGCUGUCCCUCUAAAUCACAGGUGUUAAACUCUAGUCCUCAAGGGCUGGUGUCCUGCAACCUUUAGACGUAUCUCUGCUUAACACACUUGAAUCAAAUAAUUAGGUUAUUAGCAGGACUCGACAGGAGUAGAACUUGACUGCAUACUGAGGAGGUAAUUUGGUUAUCUGGCUCAGGUGUGUUGAACCAGGGACACAUCUAAAAGUUGCAGGACACCGGCCCUUGAGGAAUGGAGUUUGACACCCCUACUCUGAAUCCACCACCCCUCAGGGAAGCCCUCUGUCUCCACCCAGUCUUCUUCCCACCUCCACUGCAGUAUGACCACUAACCACCCCCCACUGCCAGCCCCCUUUCAUGCCCCAGCCACAGACACCCUUCCCUGGAAUACCUGCUAUGUUUUUUAAGCAGUCUGGGAAGCUCCUCUUCCUUCUCUUAUCCCUGAAUCCUCGGCGGAGCAGCACCUUUCAGCUGAAAACACGAGAAAAUUGUCUCAACACUCAUAUCAGGGGGUCCUUUUUUGACUUUUGACUCUUGCCCACUGAUGGGGUAGAUGUAGCCAUGGCUAUGAUUAAACUUGUCGUUCCAGUGCAGUCCCUAUCCUCCAAUCAUGGCAGGGGGCAUUAACCGAUAGGCCUGAAUGCACAAAAAUUGGUUUUUCGCUCGCUCUGCUUUCCCUUCCUUGAAGUAUGAAUUGGACGUGGCCAAGCUUGCAUUGAAAUUGGAAUUCAAUAGAACGUAGACUAUCUCUAAAGUGCAAUGAGGAUAAGAGCAAUUACAAUGAGAGCAGGAGAAAAGUGAGCUGGACUUUGCUGCAAGGAAUGAAAAAAAAAGUGUAAAAGAAUACAUUUCAAAUAAAACAAAGCCAAGUGGGAAUUGUAGGUUAAUACAGUGUUAUGGAGACAUAUUCAUAAACUUUAGUGUAUUUUAUAGACAUUUUAUGUGAUAGAACAACACUACAUAGCACAGAAGUGUGAAGUGGAAGUAAAAGCAUACAUAAUUUUUAAUUUUUAAAUAAAAAAAAAUCUUAAAGUGUGGCAGGCGAAUGCAUUCACCCUCAUUUAUCCCUUCCCUCUGUCUAAUUACAGCUACAACUUUUUUGGGGUUAUAGCUCUGCCAGCUUUGUACAUUUAUAUACCAGCUUAGAUUGGAUGAAGAGUCUUCAUUAUCAACGUUUAAAUCUUGACACAAAUUCUUAACUGGAUUUAGGUCCGGACUUUGACUGGGCCAUUCUAACACAUGAAUUGAAUUGAAUUUUGAAAUCUCAAGUCUUCUGUGGCCUUUAACAGGUUUUUUUUCCAGGAUUUCUCUGUACUUCACUCUAUAUAUUUUGCCCUCAACUCUAACCACCGUCAUGUACCUGCUGAAGAAAAGCGUCCCUACACCAUGACACCACCACUGCCUGCAGUAGAUGGUGUGUUGAAGGUAAUUGGCUGUGUUAGUUUUUUCCACAAACAGCAUUUUGUUUUGCACUCAUUAGACAAGCUCUCCUACGAUGUUGUUCAUUGCUUGUUUCACAUAGGACUUAUUUUGGCUUUUUUUCAUAAAUAGGUUUGUUUUCGUACUUAUCUAUAAAGGCCAGAUUUGUAAAGUGCACCAGUAAUAGUGGUCAUGUUGACAGAUUUCCCCACCUGAGCUGAGGUUCUCUGCAGCUCCUUCAGAGUUACCUCUCGGCUGCCUCUCUGAUUAAAGCUCUUCUUGCAUGUCAUUUUAGUUGGCAAGCUUGUCUUGGACAGUUUUUUUUUUCCUAUAAUUGGAUGAUGGAUUGAACAGAGCUCUGUGAGAUGUUCAAAGCUUAGGAUAUUGUUUUAUAACCUAACCUUGCUUUAAACUUCUCCAUAACUUUACCACUGAUCUGUCUUCUGUGUUCCUUGGUCUUUAUGAUGCUGUUUGUUCACUAACUGUCUCCAACAAACCUCUGAGGCCUUCACAGAACAGCUGGAGUUAUACUGAAAUUAAAUUACACAAACGUGGACCCUACUUACUAAUUAGGUGGCUUCCAAAGGCAGCCGCCUACACUGGAUCUUGUUUGGUGGUAUCAGACUAAAGGUGGCUAAAUUCAAACCCACAUCACACUUUUCAGAGUUUUAUGCACAAAAACAGUAGAAAACCAUCUAUCCUUCCUUCCACUUUACAAUUAUGCUCUACUUUGUGUUGCUCUAGCACUGAAAAACCCAGUGUAGUGUCCCCAAGUACACUAAAGUAUGUUGAUGCAAUGUGACAAAAUGUUAAAAAGUUCAAGUGGUCUAAAUACAUUUCCAAAACACUGUAUGUUGUGUACAUUUACUGCAAUGGGAUUUAAAAAAAUGCAGAGUUAUAUUUUUCAGAAGCUCAGAGCUCACAUUGUGGCGACAAGUAUAAUCAUAGUCUGUUUUAAUGGGACAGUGGAUUGGGUGGGAUGUCAUGGGUGGGUUUGGUCAGAUGUAGAUUAUUAGGUGGGCUGUGUUUUGUCUUUUAUGUGUUUCUAAACAAAGCAUUUAUCACGGCCUGGCCUGCACAGGCAUCUUCAGCACUAGCUAAUGUUGUCUGGGCCGGGUGACUUUUGGAACCAUGACUUUCUCUUGUAUGAAUGUACCACUGGCCACCCAGCUCUUUAUUUGUUCUGUAUUGUCAUGACUGUGGUCACUUACAGUACCUUCUCUUGGACUGGUAGGUUUUAUCAAUGGCUCUGAGAUUCGAAGGGAAGUCGGGGUGAUCGGGUGGGAGGGGAGGUUUUGGGUGAGAAAAGGAGGCGGCACUCAAGUUGCAUGACCACUGUGAAACCUUCAGAUCAAACUUGUUUCUAAUGAUAUAUUUUUUCAUGGUAAGAAAAAAAAUCUGAAAACAUCCCAUUUCAGCUCUCUUGCUCUCCCUGAGACUUUUUCAGACAUCAAAUGGGAGAAAAAAAAUUUAGACUCCUUCCUCACACAGUUUCUCCUGUCUGCGCUCUCAGUCAUUGAUGGAUUAGCUUGGGCUGAAAAGAUAAAUGGACCCGCAGGGCGAAACUGACUGGAAAUCGGGCCCCGGAGCCCAACUCGGAUCACGGCGGCCAUAAACAAGGACUGAAGCUGAUCCCCGGGUCCGGGGGGUUAAACCAAUUAGGGAAGCACAUAGACUGUUGCAAAUGAGGCCAGGCGUGUGAGUGUGUGUGAGGCAGCAUCACUAAAACACACAUAUGCACAUGCACGCAGACAUAUACACAAACACUUACAGCGACAGUGCAAGCACACAGACAGGAGAGAGCAAUGGAAGAAAAAGAGUGUUUGAUAGGACUCAAACAUAAAGAGUAAACACUGUGAACACACACACUCACAUACAUGCACACAUGACGAUCCAUGAACAGAGAACCACACGUCCUAAGUACAUGCAAAAAAGAGUGCAGUUGUAGACAUUUACAAAGACAUCCAAACGUGUACAAAACACAAACAAGGGAAAAUGCUUGUUCCCCUAUUCCAUCUUAUUUUUGUAGCAUUUAAAAUCACUGUUAAUUACUCCGUUGUGGGAUGCAGUGAUGGGUUAUAGCCUCUGAAGGAUUACAAAAAAAACGUGUCUUCUCUUCUUCUGUUCCACUGGUUCUGUCCUAUCGUUUCUUCUUUUUCUUCUCCGGUCUGUGAUCCACAGUUGAGAGCGGUAGGAUGCCUCCAGGUCUGAGCGUCAUGUAUGAGUUUGUCUCCUUUUCUGUUGAUGGUGUUUUUAGGGCGGCCUUUGCCACUGAGGUCGUUCAGUUGGAUGAAGGCAUACACAGAAGUCGGCUCGAGGAGAGAAACACACAAAUAAAGAUUGUCUUUUGUCUACUCGAAAA